AAAAGCGACGAUGCCAAUAUGGGUGGUUCUGCUUUCACGGAUCAUAAUGAAGGAAAAGCAGACGACGAAGGUGUACUUGUCUCUGAUCCCCAUAAUAACCGGUGUCCUGUUGGCCACCGUCACAGAACUUUCCUUUGACAUGUGGGGACUCAUCAGUGCCCUUGCUGCUACUCUCUGUUUUUCACUUCAGAACAUCUUCUCAAAGAAGGUGUUAAGAGAUUCCCGAAUACAUCAUCUUCGGUUGCUGAACAUACUGGGGUGCCAUGCUGUGUUCUUCAUGAUCCCAACGUGGGUUUUGGUAGAUCUUUCUUCCUUCUUAGUAGAGAAUGACUUGAGCACGAUGUCUCACUGGUCCUGGACCCUGAUGCUGCUUAUAAUCAGCGGAUUCUGUAAUUUUGCCCAGAAUGUCAUUGCCUUCAGUAUUCUUAACCUGAUCAGCCCACUAAGUUACUCUGUUGCAAAUGCCACAAAAAGAAUCAUGGUCAUCACAGUGUCCCUUAUAAUGCUUCGCAACCCGGUUACGAGCACCAACGUCCUUGGAAUGAUGACAGCUAUCUUAGGGGUCUUCUUAUAUAACAAGACAAAAUAUGAUGCAAACCAAGAGGCAAAGAAGCAGCUACUUCCAGUUACAACUGGAGACCUUGUGAAUUUGGACCGGCAUCGAAACACUCCUGAAAAGUCUCAGAAUGGACUCACAGCAUUUGCACAACACGGAGACUAUCAGUAUGGUCGAACCAAUAUCCUAACAGACCACUUCCAGUAUAAUCGGCAAAACUAUCCAACUACCUACAACUUAAAUCGUUUUGAUAUAUAGAAUCCUGGCAAACAGGUAUAGACUGUGAUAUCAAAGUGUCCCCAACAUUAUCAGAAACUUUUAGUACAUCCAUGAACGUAAAGCCAUUUUAUUGUACAGUUUUUGCAGAAGGGAAGAUGCAUGUGUAGUGAAAGUGGUACAGACCUUCAACUUCUGCCAAGCAGACCUUUAAGCGUGACCCAGCUAGAUCUGACACUGGAACUAAAUGCACAGUGUAGCUCUUGUGCAGAGAUUCUGCUGAAAUGCACGUACGUAACUUCAGUGUAAAACAUCUGCUGUCACUGCUCCUUUUCAGAGUCUGUCAACUGAUUGUUCCUUUGGCAGCUAAAUUCUGGCCAGUAUUUCGUUUCCACACCAGUAAAAUCACCUUUAAUUGGUUCUCUGAUAUCUUUUAAUGGUACUUUCUUUUAAUGAAACUUUGAGAAAGAAGUGAAACCAAGGCGUGCUUCUGCUUGUCAGGAUUUGUCUGAGGAGGAUUGACUUACGUGUACCAGUUGCAGAUAGGGAGGCCUGAGUUCAUCUUGAGCAACUACAAAACUUCAUGUGGGUAUUCACUACUAUUUGUGCUGAUGUCUUCAGUUGUGGAUGACAAACCAGGAGUGUUUCUGAAAGAGUAGACAGUAGAAUGAUCGAUCUCUCCAAGAAGCGUACUUCAGGCAUAGAGAAACAAUUCUCUAAAAUUGCUCUUGUCCCAGUCACUGUAGGUAACAAACAAACAGAGCUUAAAAUCAUGAUUGUUUUCUGAAUAAUGCAGUCCUGUAACUCCAGACAUUGCUCUUCCUUGGCAAUACAGAAAACACCUUCACAAAUAAAGUAUUUGGAAUAAUACGAUUUUUUUUUUUUUACUUGCUUCACACCUGUUCUUACAAAACUUUUGUUGCUUUAAAAAUCGAAAGGUUUAAGGUGUUUUCUUCUGGUUUAUGCAUAAAUUAUGCUCUUUAUAUGAUUCAUAUAUUAUGAAUGCAUUAAUUUGAAUAAUCCUCAUUCGUAAUAAUUUCUUAAGUCUUAUCUUUUUAGCCCCUACCUGGUUUAUUAAGUUUCUCAAUUCCUGCUGUUGGAGUUGCUGGGUGCAUUUAGCCUGACUUCCACUUUCCACUGAAAAAAGUUAAAUUUGUGUCCUGCUGUGUUCCUGCAACUCCCCUAGCUCGAAUAGUAAAUUGUAAAGAAAAAGAAAAAAUUUGAAUGAGCGGUAAAUAGAUAAUUUAUGGUUCAGAAGAACUCGUUCAGUUAGUAUAAAUGAAUGUGCUUAAUUCUAGAUGAGUUGAUUGUUGUGCGUCAGAUACUGCGUUUGUGCACGAGGGGGAUGAAACCAGUUGAACUUGGGUUUCACUGAAUCAGAUUGUUACUGUUAUUACUUUAGCAAAAGAAGAUUUUAGGGGCCUUCUUUCCUUAACAGAAAAGCUGUUGAACAGUAUGAUUUUUGAUAGCAUAAGAAUUAUGGUUUUGCUAGAGAGGUAUUAGAUACCAGUGACAAAAUUUAGGGCGUGGUACAGAACACUCCCUCCACUUAUUUAUUGCUUUAAAAAUUACCAUUUCCGUGAUGCGAGAUGAUGAUUUGGCUCUUUUCUGGAUAAUAAAAAAAUUAUUUUUAAGUGCAGAGUCAACCUGAUCUUAUUCUUUUGGCUGACUGUGGAGGUAGUUAUAUCGACUGCCUUCCACCAUACAGUUCGAAAGGGGAAAUGGUCCUUCUGAAACUUCAGAGAUGACUUAAAUAUGCUGCUAAUAUAUGUGAGCAGAACUUCCUUGACGUGGCUGGAGUCAAGUCUGUUCAUGCUAGCUUAGAACUUGGGCUUUUAUUUUAGAAAAUCUAAAUAAAUUAUUCCCUAACCCAGGUUAACAAGAACAAGAUGAUGAGGAAAAGCAUUCUUUCAGAUGAAAUUUCUUCUGUCUGUUCCAGUAUUAUGUAUAAUUAUUUCUUUUUAGCAUGGGAAAGUGCAAAAUGUGUAUUUCUAGGGCUCACUUCCCAAUAUUUGACUGCUUUUACAUACAUGUAAAAAGUACUGUGUGGGCUCUGGAUUUGGAUUAGGCACUGGCUCUGCAAAGGACUGAUUUGAAGAUGAGAUAUUUAGGCUGAGGUUUUUAAGAGGGGCUGAAGUUCUCCAACUGCUUUAAAAGGGAACAGGCUGUAAACUGUUAAGACUCGUACAGACGCUUAAUUGUGUCCUUUGUGCCUCAGUUUCCCAUUUGGAGAAUGAAGAUGGUUCUUCGCUACUUCACAGGGGAGUGAAAUACCAGAAAAAAAGAGCAGGGUGUGGCCCAGGGAUGUAGAGGCAUGCUGUGAGUUCAUCUGUACCUCUGGUAUAUCCACCACUGUACCAUCUUCACACAGCUUGAGCUGAUACUUGGCAUAAAGCUCCAUGUAUUUUAUUCACAGAUCAGGGGCCUUAUUAAAUAUAUUUAGGUGGUUUCCUUUUAAAGAACAUAACCAGAUCUUUUUUGCAACUGUUUCCAGAGAAAGCUUGCACUGCACACCUACCGUGGCAGGUCUUUAGCUCAGCUUGUUCUGUCAGGAGUGCAGAAGCAGGUGAGGGCUUUCUGUUGAAAAGACCUUGUCCUGAAUUCCAUCUGGGCUCGUGGCCAUACUGUGUCUCUGAAACAAAACUACUGUCGUUGAGAGCAGAAAGGGACUGACCCAAACCAUGGAUAUCAUCUGUUUAGGGCCCAGAAAGUGAAUCUCUCCCCUGGAGACUGCUUGACAAUGUUCAGGCUCUUCUAGUUCAGGUCUGUGGUGAACAGGCAUAACUUGGUAUGGUAGAGCAUAUAAUUAAAACGGUUAAAUGAACCAGUUGCAAGAGGUGGUUUUGCUGAGUACCUGAAUCCAAGUCCUUAAGCAAUAUUGCCCACAUUCAGGUAAAAGAAGUUUCUGAUACUGUUGUAAUAUAUAUUUUAAUCUUGGGUCGCUGCGAGAUUUUGUUUGGCAAGGUGAAACAUUUGUUUUAACAUGGUUUGUAAAUUAAUGACGUAUUUAACUAUGUACAUAGGUCUGUAGAAAGUAUGGAAACACUGGAAUAAAAAGGGCAUAUCUAGA